UGCCAAUUUCACAGUCAUAACUCUGUCAACUUGUGUACCUAAUACAGUACAGAAGAUGAAGCUCCUCUGGCUGCUUUUGCUGGCUUGUGUUGCUGGGGAACAUUGCGAUAGACCCUGUCCCAUCAAAGAUAACCCCGGAUGUGCCAGCAGGGAUGGCAAUUGCUUUUAUACCGUUCGCCAUCCGUGUGUUUUGCAAGCAAUCAACUGUUAUCGGAAGUCGAAAGGCUUAUCUGCUCUGAAACCCAUUUCUCGCAGCAAGUGUACUAAACACCAAGUUCCGAUUUGCGACAAUAUUGAUACAUCAUAA